ACCUUCACUGGAAGUAAGGGGUCAAGCCCAACCCCUCCAGAUUCCAGUGGCGGUGUGCUUUACCCCACUGCAUCCGAUGCUUUGCAUUGCACUUGGUGAUGUAAGGCUUAGAUGCAGCUGCUCAGCCAUGGAAACCCAUUUCAUGACGUUUUCUGUGCACGGUUGUUGUGCUAAUGUAAAGGCCACACAGUUUGGAGGUCUUCAGCUAUUGACUCUGCAGACAGUUGGCAACUUCUGCACACUGUGCGCUUCAGAAGGCGCUAACCCGCUCUGUGUGGCCUACCACUUCGUGGUUGAAUUGCUGUUGUUCCCAGUUGCUUCCACUUUGUUAUAAUACCACUAACAGUUGACCGAGGAAUAUUUAGUAGCAAGGCAAUUUCACGGAUGGACUUAUUGCACAGGUGUCAACCUAUCACGGUACCAUGCUUGAAUUUACUGAGCUCCUGAGAGCGAACCCAUUCUUUCACAAAUGUUUGUAGAAGCAGUCUGCAUGCCUAGGUGCUUGAU